CAAUGCACUUCUAAUAUGCUAUCACAUACACACUAUUAGUUGAAAAUGGCGGCCAUAUUUGUUGUGCUUAAUUUGUGUUGUCCACACUAAAAUGACAGCGUUUCGCUCAUUUAGACACGUAAUGAGAACAUAACCUUUUAUGGAUGUAGGGCUAUCUUCACUACCUGACCUGACUACUCCCUUAUUUGGGCCCAGUAGCAAGAGUAAGGCUAGUGACGAUUUAGAAACGGAGCGACAUUCACACCUUAUAGGCAAUGGCCUUGAAGAUUCCAUGUCUGAAUCAAGCGGCUCAAGUUCUGACUCCGAUGCAGAUAAUGACGAUGUGAAAAACAAAAACAUUUCUUCGUCUGAGGACGAAACUGAACUCUCAAAGCAAACAAAUUUAACCGACGACGAUGAUGAAGAAGAGGAUAAAAAAUCGAAAGACUCUAGUUCUGAUGACAAUGUUGAAUCUGAAAAAAAUGAUUCGCACUCAGAAUGUGGUGAAGAGAAAAAGGAUUCUAAUUCUGAAGCUGAUUCUUCUGAUGAUGAAAAUGAUGAAGGGAGGAAAGCGCAGUCGAAGAAGGAAGCUCGCAAAUCAGACAUCAAGCGAGCACUCUUUGACACUGACUCCCAAGACACCUGUGAUAAUGAAACAACCAGAAGUAGUGGAGGUAGACGAGUCUCCGCAAUCAGAGAAUUAAAAGACGAGUGGGAUCAGAAGCCAGAUCUCUAUGGCAUUAGACGCUCUGGUAGAUCAAGAAGAGAGGUGGUCAGAUACAAUGUAGGGAAUCCCAGUGACAGUGAGGGUGAAAAGAGGAAAGGUAGAAGGAGAAGAGAGUCUGAAGACUGGAAAAGUCAGGAUGACGACAAUGAUGACAGUGAUGAAGAAAGUAGUGGCAGUGAGGAUUUCAAACCUAAAUCAACCAGACGAGUUCGCCCUCCCACAAGAGUUGCCAAAAGACGCUCUUCUAAAGUUGCCAGUAGAACUAAAGGAAGGACCAAAAACUUGUCAUCAUCUGAGUCUUCAGAGGAUAGUGAUUCCUACAGUAGACCAAUACCACAAAGGAAAACUGCACAAAAGAUUAGGAGCCAGUAUAAUCGUCCAGCCAGAACAAAAAGUUCUAGAAAGACGGUUAGUUAUAAAGAAGACACUGAUGAAGCAACAGACUCUGAUGACAUCAUUGAAGCUGCUACUCCCAUGGCUGAUAUGGAAGAAGAAAACAGAGAAACUAUUGAGAGAGUGUUGGAAGUAAGGCAAGGGAAAAAAGGAGCCACAGGUCACAAGACCACUUUGUAUAAUGUCAGAGAAAAUGGUGAUCCAAACUUGAGCCCUUUAAAGGAAGGAGAGAAAGAGGAAAAAGAAACUCACUAUUUAAUCAAAUGGAAGGGCUGGUCCCACAUCCAUAACACCUGGGAGACUGAAGCAUCUUUGAGGGAGCAGAAAGUCAAUGGCAUCAAGAAAUUGGAAAAUUUUAUGAAAAGAGAAAAUGAAAUCCGUGACUGGAAAGACAAUGCCACUCCAGAAGAUGUAGAAUAUUAUGACUGUCAACAGGAAAUGAUGCAAGAUCUGACAGAGUCUCAUAAAAAUGUAGAAAGAAUAAUAAGUCAUCGUAAAGAAACCAAUGGCACUGCAGAUUAUAUGUGUAAGUGGAAUGGAUUGCCAUACUCAGAGUGUACAUGGGAAGAUGGAGAGCUUGCUUCCAAAUUGUUUCAAAGUCACAUUGAUAAAUAUCUGGCCAGGAACAAAUCUCAAUGUAUACCAACAAAGUUGACAAAAGUGUUAAAGGUGAGACCAAAGUUUAUACCACUCAAGUCUCAGCCCCCUUACAUUGGAGGAGUGGAUAACUUAGUACUUAGAGACUACCAAUUGGAUGGUCUGAACUGGUUGAUUCACUCCUGGUGCAAGGAACAUUCUGUGAUUCUAGCAGAUGAGAUGGGUUUGGGUAAAACCAUUCAGAUCAUCAGUUUUAUCUCCCAUUUGUUCAACCACUACCACCUGUAUGGACCUUAUCUCCUGGUAGUCCCAUUGUCAACAGUUGUAGCAUGGCAGAGAGAGUUUGAGAAAUGGGCGCCGGAGAUGAAUGUCAUUAUAUACAUUGGAGAUGUAGUUAGUCGUGGAGUGAUCAGAGAUCAAGAAUGGAGGCAUCCUGGCAAUAAAAGAUUAAAGUUUAAUGCUUUAAUUACGACUUACGAAAUUUUGUUGAAAGAUAAAUCAUUCUUAGCUGCAGAGUCUUGGGCUUUUCUAGGUGUUGAUGAAGCUCAUCGCUUAAAAAAUGAUGAUUCUUUGUUGUACAGAUCCCUGGAGAACUUUGAUACCAAUCAUAGGAUACUUAUAACUGGCACACCUUUACAGAAUUCUUUGAAAGAACUUUGGUCACUUCUUCAUUUUAUAAUGCCCAAUGUAUUUGAUAGUUGGCCAGAUUUUGAAGAAAAACACUCCAAAGAAGAAGGUAAAGGUUUUUUGUCUUUGCACAAACAGCUUGAACCCUAUCUACUGAGGAGAGUAAAGAAAGAUGUGGAAAAAUCACUGCCUUCUAAAACUGAAAGAAUUUUACGUGUUGAAUUGUCUUCAUUGCAGAAAACUUACUACAGGGCCAUAUUGAAAAGAGAAUUCCGAACAUUAAUAAAAGGAUUGCGUGGGAAUGUUUCCUCAUUUGCCAAUAUCAUGAUGGAGCUGAAGAAAUGUGCUAAUCAUGCUCACCUUGUUGUUCCAUUGGAAGUGGAACCACAACUCAAAGAUAAACUCCAGGUUCUAUUGAAAGGAAGUGGUAAACUGCUGCUACUUGACAAAUUGUUGGUCAGGUUGAAGGAGACUGGGCAUCGUGUCCUCAUCUUCUCUCAAAUGGUGCGCAUGUUGGAUAUUGUGGCAGAGUACCUCCAGUGUCGGCACUUCCAGUAUCAGAGAUUGGAUGGUACUAUCAGAGGAGAUUUAAGAAAACAAGCCUUGGACCAUUUCAAUGCUGAAGGCUCUCAGGAUUUUUGUUUCUUAUUGUCAACAAGAGCUGGAGGUCUGGGUAUUAACUUAGCUACAGCUGAUACUGUGAUUAUAUUUGACAGUGACUGGAACCCACAGAAUGAUCUGCAGGCUCAAGCUAGAGCACAUCGUAUUGGUCAAACCAAACAGGUGAGUGUGUAUCGUCUCGUAACAAGUUCUACUGUUGAGGAAAAGAUUGUGGAAAGUGCCAAGAAAAAAAUGGUUUUAGAUCAUUUGGUCAUUCAAAGGAUGGACACUACUGGCAGAACUGUGUUGGAUAGAGGAUCAGCACCAUCAAGUGCUGUACCAUUUAGUAAAGAAGAGCUGUGUGCUAUCCUCAAGUUUGGGGCUGAGGAAUUGUUCAAAGAGAAGGAGCAUGAUGACGAGGAAGAACAACAAGUUGACAUUGAUGAUAUCUUGAAUAGAGCAGAAGAGCAUGAGACAGAAGUCAGCACCGUAGGGGAUGAACUACUGUCACAGUUUAAAGUGGCCAGUUUUGGCAAUCUAGAAGAAGAAACAGAAACUUCACGAGCCAGUUUUACUGAAGAAGGGAAAGAUUGGGAUGAGAUCAUUCCAGAAGAUGUCAGACAAAAACUAGAAGAAGAAGAACGAAAUCAAAAAAUGUUGGGUCUUGAAUUAGGUCCUAGGAAUAGAAAAACAAUUAAACAGCUGCAAGUAGACUAUGACUCUGAUAAAGACAAUAAGAAGAAGCGUAGAAAGAAGGGACAGUCAGAGUCCGAAGGCAGUGAAGAUGAAGAGGAGGAGGAAGAGGAUGACCAGCCUCGUAAAAGAGGUCGUCCACGAGGUGCUGCUAAAGAUGGUGUCAAGGGAUUUUCGAAUGCUGAAAUAAGACGCUUUGUCAAAAGUGUCAAAAAAUUUCCUGCUCCAUUGAAAAGAUUGGAUGCCAUUGCUGAAGAUGCAGAACUUCAAGAGAAAAGUGAAGCAGAUCUGCGUCGCUUGGCUGAAUAUUUAAAACGAGCUUGUGAAGAUGCACUGAGAGAACAUAAUCAGAAACUUCAAGAAGCUCCAGGCACAGAAGCUGGCAAGAAAUCCCACAAAGGUCCUUCCUUCAAAAUAGCCAGUGUUACAAUUAAUGCACAGGCUCUAUUGAAAGCUGAGGAAGAUUUAAAGCCGUUAGCUGAAGCCAUGCCAGAAGAUAAAGAGCAAAGGAAAAAGUGGCGCUUAAGUCAACCGGUUAAAAAGGUUCACUGGGAUUGUUUUUGGAACAUUGAUGAUGACAGUGCAUUGUUGAAAGGCAUCUAUGAAUAUGGAAUAGGAAGCUGGGAGGCUAUCAAAAUGGAUGAGAGUCUUGGAUUGUCUGACAGGAUUCUUCCAGAUGGAGAAUUAAAACCUCAGGCUAAACAUUUACAAACCAGAGUUGACUAUCUUCUGAAGGCCAUGAAGAAAGAUGUUGCUACUACACCAAAUAAACCAUCCAAAGCACGCAAGCGGAAUCCCAAAUCCAAGGCAGAAAUCAUAGAUAAAGAUGACUCCAGUAGUUCUGAGGAUAAAGAGAAAAAAUCCACCAAUGAUAGUGGCACCAAGAAAAAACAGACGCCAAGUGAGUCCAAGAAAGAGAAUGAGCUCUCAGAUAUUAGUGAUUUAGAACUGGACUCAGAGGAUGGCAAGUCUGGGGCCAAAGCGAAGGGAAAGUCUGCUAAAAAACAGCCAAAAGAUGGGAAGAGUGAUAAGAAACCAGUGAAAAGUAAAGGCAAGAAAAAGCAGCCAGGUCCUAUGCAUUACACAGCAUCAUCAGAACCUAAAGAAAUAGCUGACGAAGCUGAGGAAGAAGAGAGACCUAAGAUGGAGAGCAAAGUUUUUGAUGAGUGUAAAGAGAAGAUGAGGCCCCUGAAGAAAGUUCUCAAACAGCUGAGUGAACCUGAUGAAAGUUUAAGUGAGAAAGAGCAAGUUGCUUUUAUCCGAAGUAUUCUCCUGAAACUAGGAGAUCACAUCAAUACAUGUAUAGAAGAAUUGUCAGAUCCUGAAAAAAUCAAGUUCUGGAGAGAUAGCCUGUGGCUGUUUGUCUCCAACUUCACCACAUUGAAUCACAACAAACUUCGAAAACUUUAUAAAGGGGCUUGUAAAAAACGAGAGAAUGAUAAACAGGAUCAAAAAGAGGACACUGACUCAAAGCUCAAAAAUCAUCAAAUGAAAAGAAGUUUGGACAAAUCAGAGAAAGAUGUUUCCAACAAGAAGGCCACCCAUAGGCCAGAUCGCCAUCAUCACCACAACCCCUCACAGCAGCAAUCUCAUCCUCUACAGCAUAAAGACAACCUUGUAAAUAGACAUCAUCCAAGAAACCCAACUGCUCAUCCCCAUCGACCAGGAAAUGGUAAAGAUGGACAUGUCCCUGAUCAGGGUGGUGUCAGUCCAAGUAAUUCCUGGACACUGGCCAGUCCUUUGUCUCGAACAGAAGAUGCUACACGUAACAGAUAUGAUAACAACACAUACAACCGCCAUCCCCACCCCCACCCAUCCUACACUAGUCAUCACGAGGCACAGCGUGGAGACAGAGCCACAUCCGAGUCCAAAGAUUCUUACUACAGGUUCAAUGAUAGGCAGGGACAACAACAUUAUCACAGAGAUUUCCGUGGUAGAAAUGAACACAGGGCAGGCUAUAGGCCUGACCAACACAGAGGUGACCACUACCGUCCUGAAUAUGGUAACCACUACAGGGACCAGAGUGGUGUCCAGCCACCUAAUCAACACUACAACAGAGAAAGAAGUGCUGAUGACUGGAGCUCUAAUAGCCACCAUCCCUACAUGGCAGAGAGAAAACGGCGCGGAGAAAGACCUGAAGACUGGGAGAGACGAGCUCACAAAGAUCCCAGGCUAGAAAUGAAGUCCAGGUUUCCUCAGCCCCCACCACCUGGUGAAUCCCCUCCAAGUUUUCCACAUCACUGACCAGAGUUAGGCAUCAACUCCUUGUCUACAAGUGACAUCUAGUGAUCAUUAGAACUAGAGGUCAGAAAGCAAAGGCUUGACGUAGGCUUGGAAAUCAAGUAGACUGAGAAGGCUUGAAACAGCACAGAGCAAUUAGAGAAAUUUCACAUGCUAGCAGAUGUAUAUCUUGAAGUAUUCAAAGCCUAGCAUCAAACCUAAUGGUUAUUUCUUUGUUUGAAUGUUUCACUAACUGGCAGGAAGGCAAGUCACCUCCACAAGUCAGUGAAUGCCCUACAUUCCAUAUGAUUGCUCUUAAUGUCUGUUGUGUUGGGACAGCCUUUAAUCAAACUAUCAACCGGUCAAGUCUACCCACAAGUUGUGUACACAUUCAAUUGACUUACUUUAUAAACUUUAUAGCUUCAUUGCCAAGUGUUAGUUUGACUAUGUGGCUGGUCUAUCAGAAGCACAUGUUCAUCAUUAAAAUAGCUUCUGUUCAAUUUAAACUCGGUAAGAUCUCUUUAAGUUAUCAGCUAGAUGACCCUUCGACCUGGUGUUCUAACUCAGUGGCAUUAAGUCAAUGACCAGGCUGUGUGCUGUGGUGUUGUCAUCUACAACUUGACUUUGAAGUUUUUUUCCCCUAAUGUUUUCAUUCAUAUUUUUUUUUUUUUUGCCCAACACAAGCUCACCUCAGGAAGGUUAAAGGUUAUUCAAGGUAUCAGCUGAUCAGUUCAAGCGCCCCCCCCCCCUCUUUUUCUUUCCCAUCCACAUUGUUUGUGACCAAGUUUUUGUUUGAUGUAGUUCAUUCUUCUCAUGAAAUGUUAAGUAGCCAAUUAGUCUUGCUUUUGUUGUCAUGUUUUUUUUUGUUUUGCAAAAUUUUCAUUUGUUUGGCUGUUUGAUUAGUAAGGUUUGAUUGUAGCUGACAAGUAUCACAAGCAUUGAAAUCAGUUUUCUUUUUGUGAGUGUGUGUGUGUCAGAAGUUGUAUGGUGGCACAUGUGUAACACAUUCCCUCCUAAUGUGUCAUGACCUAUUUCAGCUACUUAUAAGUCGCCUUUUUUUUUUUUUUUGUCUGGCCAAUAGCUGCUAGACAUUGUGAUGUGAGAUUGUGUGUGGGGGAAGUGCUACUUGUGAGAUUGUGUGAGGGAGUGCUACUUAAAACGUCACUGGGUAUGUGAUUGUAUUAGGUUUUUUUUUUUUUUAUUUGCUAGAUUUUUAGAUCUGUAUGUAAUUGUUGAUGAACUGGGAGUCACUUCCCUUGUGUGCAGGGAUUGUAUAGACUGUGUGUGUGUGUGUUGACUUAUGAUGUACAUAAUGUAAAUAACAGACUACAAGAAAAUACAAAAGAACACAAAA